AUGGAGUCGCGCUUUAUAACAUAUUUUGGGUCUGCUGUCAGUGCUACUGUACUUCUUACAACCAUGUUUGUAUGCUGGAAUAUUACCGAUGACUUGAUUACUCUUCAAGAUAUGUCUGACAGAAACAUGCAAGACUUUAAGGUAAUCAGUGAUCGUACUUGGGACAAGAUGAUGUUUAAACAACAGUCUUUGCCCCUCUCAACACCAAGUUUGAUCUUUGGAAGAAACAAAAGAUCAGGAGACAAAUGUAAUUGCUCACAGGAACCAUCGAAUUGUCCAGCAGGACCAGCAGGCCCAGCGGGAGAAAAAGGAAAUGAUGGAGCUGAUGGUGCUGACGGAAUUCCUGGAUUCCCAGGAGAAAGUGGUGGAGUUGCUUUGGAACAACCAUCUGAUGGAACAUGCAUCAAGUGCCCACCUGGACCACGUGGACCACCGGGGCCUGUUGGAGAAGAAGGGCUAGCCGGAGAUGCGGGAGAGGAUGGAGAACCAGGAGUUCCAGGAAAUGACGGAGCUGACGGUACACCAGGAAAAUCAGGAGCUCCAGGAAACAAGGGACCACAAGGACCACCAGGAACACCUGGAAGAGCAGGACAACCAGGAAGAAAAGCUGUCGGAGAACCUGGACCAAAAGGACCACCAGGACCACCUGGAACGGAUGGAAGACGUGGAGAAGAUGGGUCAGAUGGGGAUAAUGGUGCUGACGGACAACCAGGAGAUGAAGGAGAAGCAGGAAAAGAUGGAACUCCAGGAGAACCAGGACCACAAGGAGAGCAAGGAACUGAAGGCCAACCUGGUUUCGAUGGCGCCUAUUGUCCAUGUCCACCUAGAAGUAUUUCCAAGGUCGCUAUUCAGUAG